GCAAAGGCAGAAGCCCUGCUUGACUAGGUUGUGAAGGUCAGAUAAUACGCGAACUUGAGCUGAUAUCUAAUUACAAGGAGCGUCCUCAGCUUGAGGCAAUUAUUCAGCGGACUUAUGGACUCAGUCUAUCCGGACAGAAAGUGUGUUAUAAUUGCGCGUCAAGACCUUAAGUUUCCAACUUCCCCUGACACCGGUGGGAUGCUUUCUGGAGUACGCUGCUGUUGACGGAUUAGAGUUUGAUUGCCGGUCUCAACGGCAUAGGCCAGGCUACCGACGGGAUGGAAAGGAGGCAGAGCUCAAGAGGAUACGACCUCGCUCGCCGCGGACUGUCGCAUCUUCUGCUCAUCCAAUCCUCCGCAUCCAAGACGAACGCCCAUCCGGAUACGUGCACCAAACGCCAACAAUGGUCGCCAUCACCCUCCCGCUCCUCGCGGCCCUCGCAGCAACUCCGUCGCAGUUAGGCAUCGUCUGCGCACGCUUCAAAGAAUCCCUCGAUCCCUGGGCGCCCGUCGCUGCGUCCACCUACCUGUACUCCAAAGGCGGCGUGCCGCAGAUGAACGACACCGUUCAACACUCCUCGUUCCGCUCCUACGUAGACCUUCCCAACAUCGGACGAGAGGGCCACACGCACCUGCACCACGUUGUAAACAACUACGACACCCUCGACGAGAUCAUGAUCUUCACGCAGGCGGACCCCUUUGACCUCAUCGCGCCCGCCGUGAACACGACGGAGCAGAUGGUGCAAAAGGCGAUGACCGUCCUGGCCGACGACGUGACGCCCUUCAACGACGCACUAUUCCACGAUGUCGCGGACUGGGGCAAAAUCGACUGGAACAGCUCGGCGCAGAAGCUGUGGAUCACGGCCAACCAGAUCAAGAGCCUGCAGCUUGCGCCGUACACGCCGGCGCAGUUUUGGACGAUGGUGGUGGGCGGUGAGCAUCCGCCGGCGAUCCGGGCGAUGCACGGCGGGACGUUUGCCGUCCGGCGGGAGACGAUUCGGAAGCUGCCCAAGGAGGCGUAUCAGAAGGCGCUGACUGAGUUUGAGACGGCGAAUUCGACGAAUCCGGAGGUUGGAUUCUUCAUGGAGCGCAUGUGGGCGCCGAUGUUCGCGGAGAAGUACCGGCUACCGAGCGUGCAGAAUCCGUGAUAUGGUUAGGUGUUCGGAUCCAGUCGGAGAAGAAUAUGAUCAAUUAGCAAAAAAAAAUGCA